UUAUUUUGUCACAACAAUAUAUGUAGGAAUCAUACAAAAGAUUAUAUUGUAUAUAAACAUAUAUGAGUAAAUAUAGGGAGGUAUAAGCAUAUAUAUAGAAAGAAGAAAAGAAAAACAAUAGGACAGGAACGGUAGGCACGUUUGUGCGCUUAUGCACGCCCCUUAUGGUCCUCUUAGGAAUGGGGUGAGGUCAAUAGUAGAAAGUUUUUGGAUAAAACUUUUAGGAUUGUGGGAAGAGACAACAGUCAGGUAAAGUAUUCCAAGCACUGAUGAUUCUGUUACAGAAGUCAUAUUUUCUACAAUCUAGAUUAAAGCGGUUGACAUUAAGUUUAAAUCUAUUAGUUGCUCUAGUAUUAUUGCAGUUAAAGCUGAAGUAGUCUUUAACAGGAAGGACAUUACAGUAGAUGAUUCUGUGAGUUAAGCUUAGGUCUUGUCGAAGGCGACGGAGUUCCAAGUUUUCUAAGCCUAGGAUUUCGAGUGGUGGGAUAGGGUAUUCUAUUGUUUUCAGAGGAAUGGAGAACUUGUCCUGAAGAGGAAUAUCAUGGGGAUCAUGUAUAUAUUUAGGUAUCAUUUAAAUAAGAACAUCAUAAUUACAAAAUGCUUGUUUAUGGAGGCCAAAGAUCUUUCUAUGUACUACAUGCCAUAGAAAUGGAGGAGAGGAGACAAAGUGUAGUCAUUGUAGUUGUUAUGUGGUUGUUAAGUUGAAUUGGUUUCCCCAUUGGCAUUGCUUUUCAGAAGAUCAGAACAUCACAAAAAGUGUUCACAUGAUCCCGGGGCAUUGCAUCUGUCAUAAAUAUGAAUCCGUUUCCAAGCAUCUGAAUUUUGAUCAUAUGACUGUCAGAUUGCUGCAAUGGUUUCAGCAGAUACCAGCAGAAACUUAAAGAUGAAUUGGGCCGAGAAACAAAGUUCGUCAUGUCAUAUGCCCAAAAGGAAGACAUGUUGCUUGAAGAAAUAUAUUCUACCAACAUUAUGGAGUUUCUCAAUCAUAAAAAUGAGAAACUCAGUAAUGUGGAUGCUUUAGAAGAUCUACUUAGUGACAGUUUUGGGCUGAUCAAUGAAAAUGGAGAAACCAUCUAUAUCUUUGGGGAUGCUGGGAUUGGAAAGUCCAUGUUACUGCAAAAGAUGCAAAAUCUCUGGUCCAAGAAUGCCUUUGAUGUAGGGGCCAAAUUCUUCUUUUGUUUCCGAUGCCGAAUGUUCAGCUGUUUCAAGCAAGAAGAAGCCUUUUGUUUAAAGGAUCUUCUCUUCAAGUAUAACUGUUUCCCAGAUCAGGAUCAAGAGGAAGUUUUCAACUUCAUUGUAAAAUUUCCUCAUACUGUCUUGUUUACAUUUGAUGGAUUUGAUGAAAUUCAUUCUGAUUUUGAUCUCAGUAGUAUUCCUGAAAUCUGCUCGCCCACUGAAUCUAUUCACCCACUUGCUCUUCUGGUGGGCCUCCUCAGUGGAAAACUUUUGAAGGGAUCUAGAAAAAUUCUGACAGCCAGGACAGGGACAGAAAUUGUUAAAAACAUUGUCCGGAAGAAAGUACAUCUUCGAGGGUUUUCCAGUAGUAACCUGAAAGAUUAUACUAAAAUGUUCUUCAAAGAUGAAAGAUGUCGGGCUUUGGUUUUGAAUCAACUGGAAGCCAACCCAAAUCUAAGCAGUUUGUGUUCGGUGCCAUUAUUUUGCUGGAUUAUAUUCAAAUGCUUUGAACAUUUCCAUUCUGCAUUUGAUAGCCAUGAGCUCCCAGACUUCACUGUCACUCUAACAGACAUAUUCUUGCUCAUGACUGAAGUCCACCUUAAUCGCAUUCAAAAGAGAAAUAUUCUAAAGAAGAACAACAGAAGCCAAGAAGAAACAUACAGGUCCAAUAAAGAGAAAUUGUUUGCACUGAGUAAAAUAGCCUACAUAGGGAUGCAGAAAUCUCUCUUUGUCUUUGAGCAAGAGGAAGUCCUUAGUGACCUCCUUGAGCAGGAUUUACAUUUAGGAUUUCUCAGGACAGUUCCUAAUUAUGAAGGUAUUGUAGACCAAUCUUGCUAUGAAUUCCUGCACUUGACCUUGCAGUCAUUUUUCACAGCUUUUUAUCUGGUAACAGAUGAGAAAGUAGGGGCCAGAGAUUUGCUGCAGUUCUUUGCUGAAUGCUCCAUGCAAGACACUACUCUGUCUUCCUGCUUGCCUCUUUCCUGGUCAAAAAAUUACCACCCAACAGGAGGGGAUCCUUUCCGAAAUAAAGAGCACUUUCAUUUUACUAACCUCUUCUUGUGUGGCUUGCUUUCCAAGGCAAGGCAGAAACUCUUGAGGCAUCUGAUUCCUCUGAGUACAGUCAAGAAGAAAAGGAGGAUUCUUCUUGCCUAUUUUUUUGAAAGCAUGAAGUCUCAUCUGAAGGGUCUUUCUCGGGCAAGGCUGAAGGAAUACAAACAGGUACAAGUAAUGCCAAACUUUGUUUGGAUGCUGAGAUGCAUCUAUGAGACGCAGAGUGAGAAAGUUGGUAAAGGGGUUGCCAAGUGCAUGCGUGCCAACUACAUCAAGCUGACUUACUGCAAUGCCUACUCCGCUGACUGCAGUGCCAUCUCCUUUGUUAUGCAUCAUUUCCAGAAACGCUUGGCCCUUGAUCUGGACAAUAACAACAUCAAUGAUUAUGGGAUCAAGCAGCUGCAGCCUUGCUUUAGCCAUCUGGCAGUACUCAGGGUGAGCGUGAACCAGAUCACAGAUCAAGGUGUGAGAGUGCUUUAUGAGGAGCUGUCCAAAUUCAAAAUUGUGUCUUAUUUGGGCUUAUAUAACAACCAGAUUACCGAUAUUGGAGCAAAGUAUGUGGCAAGACUCAUUGAGGAAUGUCCAAGCCUCAUCUAUGUUAAGAUUGGAGCAAACAAGAUAACAACAGAGGGAGGGAAAAGUCUUGCUUACGCCAUCAAGAAAAGUAAAACUAUAUAUGAAAUUGGAAUGUGGGGUAACAAGAUUGGGGAUGAAGGAGCAAAAGCUUUUGCAGAGGCACUGAAAAAUCACCCCACCUUAACCAAUAUCAGUCUUGCCUUUAACAGCAUCACUACAGAAGGAGGUAAAAGCCUCGCAGAAGCGAUGAAACACAACAAUGGUGUAAAUAUAUUUUGGCUAACAAAAAAUGAGUUGGAUGAUGAAGCAGCUGAGAGUUUUGCUGAAAUGGUAAAGGUUAACAAGAGAUUGGGCCAUCUGUGGCUUAUCCAGAACCAGAUUACGGUUCGAGGCGCCACAAGCUUAGCUGAUGCUCUUCAAGACAAUACAACUCUCAAAGAAAUCUGCUUAAACGGAAACCCAAUAAGUCAAGAGGAGGCCAGAGUCUUUGAAAAUGAAAAGAGACUCAUUUGCUUCUGAGAAACUUUUUCCAGAUUGGAUGGUAAUUGUCAUACCAGGACAAUUAUACUAGUGCUCAGAGCAAUGCCAGAAGCCUGGGCAAAAUGAACCCAAAACUUGAAUAAAAUGAUCACCUCCUGUGUGCAUAUCUUGACACUGAUGCUUGAAAGGAGGAUUUUGCCUUGGUAAUUAACCAGGUCUACCGUAACAACAUUUGUGCUAGGGUUGUGGGAUGGCUUCGAUUUUAUGCCAGGCCUCGAGAUAUAUAAGCAGGAAGUGGUUCAGAAGACAGCCCUUAAAGGACACUGAAAUUGGAGGAUCAGAACUCUAAGGGAACUGGCAGCUCAUCUGAAAAAAAUAUACUGUCUGCCUUCUCCCUUACUCCACCCUCCUUCAAAUGUUUGCCACACAUUCCCCAAAGUCACUAGCUUGAAAGUUAUGGGUAAAGCUUUUUUAUGUGACCUAAGUGAGACAGGCAAUGUAGAAAUGUGUUAAGUAAUGUGUUAUCACUCACCUAAAAGGAGCAGAAUGAAGGUUACUUUGAUCACCAGUUAACUCGCCAUUUUGAAGCCAAUGACUUAUCUCAUCUGUUUUGCUACUGGCUCACUUGGAAGUUGUGCUAAUUUACUCCUAGAUCUUAGAGAGAAGAGAGGAAAUGCAUCCAACGUGCUCACAUAAGUUGUCCUUAAUAGUGAUUUAGUGGUUUAGUCAAAUGAUUGGGUUAGUGUUACAGAAUGUUAAAUAUCAUUUGUUUCUAGUGUUUUGAUUAUCUGAGGAUAUUUAAUAAGGGCUGGAUCUCAGCCUCAAUAUGUGGAAGAGAAGUAUGGUAUAAAUGACAGAUAUUUGUGGGAUGCUCCAUUGUGGUAUCUUUUUGUUCCAAUAUUAAUAAAUUAAUUAUUAGGGGGUUGGAAAUAGAAAUAAAAGAUGAAAGGUUGAACAAUAUAAUGGUAAUUUGAAAUUUAAUUUAGUAUAUGAAGAACACUUCAUUUAUUGGAUAUGGACUACAGCUAAAAUGUUUUACUUUGAUGAAAAUAUAUUUUAUGUUACAGUUUGAUGUAUUCCUGUCUGCAUAUUAAUUUGCUUUUCAUUAUGUGGCAGAAACCCAUCAAUAUGUAAUCAAGGUUCAAUUUAUUGAAUGAGUUAUUUUCUCAUUAAAGUAUUUUCAUUUUCUGUUUCUCUUGA